AAAAAAAUGAGAGAAAAUUAAUAUGGGAAUUUUUUGUUUUUUUCUCUUUUCUCUUCUUUUUCUUAUAGUUCAUCAAAAUACGCGACCUCUUUUCUUUUAUUUAUUUUGCUUCUUUCCCUCCAUUUUCUAUUUUCAACAGACAUAACUUUUGCGGCAGUUAUAAUUUGUGCCUUCAUACCUAAAACUAUACUCUUUAUCUUUUGUUGAAAGUAUGCGCCAACAACAACAACAACAACAACAACAACAACAACAACAACAAGGACGAAACCCUACAGAAUACGUACCAGGUACAACCGUCUUUGCUAAAUUGAAAGGAUACCCUUGGUGGCCAGCAAGAAUUGAACCAGACCAUGCAGUGCCGCUCAAGGUCUUGAAACAGAAAUCAAAGACAAAAGGUGGUCUAUAUACCGUGUUCUUCUUUGGUUCAAGAGACUAUGGUUUCUUUGGUCCUGAUGCUAUCAGACCUUUUGAUAACGAAAGCGUGGAAAACGAUUUGAAAGCAAAGAAAUUCAAGACAAAAGAUCUAGAAAUGGCAGUUCGUCAAGCGCUAAAUCCUUCUUUACUAACUCAGCUGGAAGAGGAAGAACGAGAAGACGAUAAGGAUGAUGAACAAGAAGAGGAAGAAGAAGAAUCAAAAAAGUCAAAGGGAGGAAGAAAAAAUUUAACGACAACAACAACAAAGAAAAAGGCGCCAGUGGCAAAUGGUAAAACAAAGAAAGGAAAACAAACAGAGACCAAGCCUGUUACUCCUUCCACUACAAAAAGAAGUCGUAAGAUAGCAUUGGGUGAUGAAGAUGCUGUAGAUGAGACAGCUGUAGGUGAAAGCAUGGAUAGAAAAAGAAGACGCAAGUCAAUGUCACUUGAGAAGGAAGAUGAGGGCCGUGAUUCACCAGUUGCUCAGGAACACACGGAUAAUAAGGAAGAUAUCAAAAAGACGCCAGAGUAUAAAAAGGUAUACCAUAUUAGACACAGAUUACAACGAUUAGUAUACAAUAAGAAAGAGGGUGAAAUUCCAAAGGAGGAUUAUCCAAAGAUUUUACAAGUUGUUAAAGAAAUCGAAGAAUCGCCUAUGACAUACAGUCUUUUAAAGGAUACCAAAAUUGGCAAAGUCGUUAAAGCAGCAUGCUCUUAUCCAUUUGAAGACGAUACUGUCAUUAAGGAUCGUUGUCAACAAUUGAUGAGAAACUGGAAGGUGCUCUUGAUUGAUCCGCAAUCUGAUAAGGCUCAUGAAGAUACACAUAUGCAUCAUGCUUAACUUAUACACAUCCCUCACCAAUAAUUCAUAAUAUUAUAUAUGCAGAUUUCUCUUUCUCCCCCUCCUCUUUGUUUCUCACCGCAUACAACGUACAACAUACAUUCUCAUAUUCCACUUAUUUCGCAAGAACACCCACACCCACACCCACACCCACACAUAAAAUACGUACAUACACACACAUAUAUAUAAUUGUUUAUAUGCGUAUAUAAGAUACAGUAGGAAACAAGGUUAACAAUAAAAGAAAAGACGUUAAAAAAAA